GAACAGCGGGUGGAAGCCGGGCAGCGGACACUGAUACAGCCGCCGUACCUGAGCCCGGCUCCGGCAGGCUCCUGCCCGGCCCCGCGGCCGUACCGGCUGACACUGGCUCCGGGGUCCCGCCCGCCAGUCACUGAUAGGCCACCCGGAACGACACUCAAGGCAUCGCCUUUUCUGAUUGGUCUACUAGGUCCCGCAGUGCGUUAUGGCUGUAGCAGUGCAGACAGAGGACUCUUGGGGACAGUGUGACUGUGAAGAUGUCUAAGCCAGAAUCCCGUUAUUCUUUUGAUGUCCCAAACAUCUGCAUCAAUUUUGCAACUCUGAAUGAGGAUGAUGCGCACAAUGCAGACUCUUGGUUUGACGAAAAAGCCAAUCUGGAGAAUGUCCCUCCUGCAGAAAAUCUGGCAAAGGUCUCACACUUCAGCCCUGCUUCUUCAAAGCCUGAUGUUAUUCUUUCUUCUGUCCCAUCACAAGAAGUAGCAAUGAGUGAAAGCAAUGGUGAAGCAGAAUGUGCCCAGGGCAACACGGUCCCUCAGAACAUUGUUGGGUCCCUGGCAACCUGGAGAGCUGCUGCCCCUGCAGAGGCCCCUCAGAGACCGGGCAGGAGAUUGGCUACAAAGCAGGGGAAGACCCAGCAGCGCAAGCAGCCAGGCAGAAUCAAAGCAAAGGAAAUUGCCAAUGCCCUGGAUAAUAAAGAAGAUGUUCCACCCUUGAAGAAAAUGAGACUUUCUGGUAGCAGAGAGAAGGCGACAGAAGCAUCCACAAAGAAAGAGCCCCUGCAGGAUCCUGACCUCUCCCCAGGGAGAGGGAAAAGCAAACAGACCAUGCCCUGCACGCCAACAAUGUUAAAGAGGACCAAACCUCCUAGCAAGCUGAAGAGUACAGAGGAGCAGGAGGUGGAAAAGAUGCAGCAGUUACAGCAGGAGGUUAUGGAGCUGCGAAAGAAGAACGAGGAGUCUCUGAAAGCUGCUAUUGCUGGAGCAGGACAACCCAUGAAGAAACCUGUUGGUCAAGUAACAAAGCCAAUUGAUUUCCACUUCUGCACAGAGACUAGAAUUAAACAGAAUGUAGAAAGCCAGCCUGCCAACGAGUACAAGGAGCUGGAUUUUGCAGCAGUCUUGAGGAAGCACCCCCCUUCUCCGGUGCGAAUGCCAAAGGGACACACUGUCCCCAAGCCUUUCAAUCUGUCCCAGGGAAACAAAAGAAAACUUGAAGAAGCCACAACAGAAUACGUGUCCUUUGCUGAGCAGGUAGAAGCAUUCCAAAAACGCACACCCCCUCGUUACCAUUUGAGGAGCAGGAAAUCUGAGGAGGGCUCAGUUUCAAGAAAGCCGGUGAAGGCUCGGCUCACACACCCCAAAACACCAGUGCUGCGAACAAAGCAGCGCUUGAGACCUGUCACCUGCAAAACUGCUGCAGAGUUAGAAGAAGAGGAAGUAGAGAAAAUUCAACAGUACAAAUUCAAAGCACGAGAAAUCAAUCACAAAAUCUUUGAGAGUGGGCCACUCCUGCCCAGUAAACCCCCUGUGAAGAAGCUCACCCAACCCAUUGGCUUUCAAUUGGAAAUAGAAAAAAGGAUUCAGGAGCGUGAGAGCAAGAAGCAGCAGGAGGAAGAGCGCUUUGAAUUCCAUUCCAGGCCAUGUCCCACAAAAAUCCUGGAGGAUGUUGUGGGUGUUCCAGAGAAGAAAGCACUUCCUGUUACUGUCCCCAAGUCUCCAGCCUUUACCUUGAGGAGCAGGACCCGUGUGUCUGGCAGAGAGGAAGAAAAGGAAAAAGAGGAGGUGGCUGUGAUCAAAGCUAAUCCUAUGCCACAUUAUGGAGUGCCAUUCAAACCCAAAAUGCCAGAGCAGAGGCAUGUGGAAGUUUGCCCCUUCUCUUUUGAUGCACGGGACAGAGAACGACAAAUACAAAAAGAGAAAAAAAUAGAAGAACUACAGAAGGAAGAGGUGCCAAAGUUCAAAGCGCUGCCUCUGCCUUACUUUGACCAAGUUAAACUGCCAGAAAAGAAGGUCAAAACACCAACUCAGCCUGAGCCAUUCCAUCUGCAGGUGGAUGAACGGGGAGCUGCCAAGCUCCAGAGCUGGAAACAGCAGCUUAAAGAAGACAUGAAAAGGCAGAAAGAGGCAGCAUGUUUUAAAGCUCGUCCCAACACAGUGAUGUACCAGGAGCCUUUUGUGCCCAAAAAGGAACAUAAGAUGCUGUCAGAGAGCCUUUCUGGUUCUGUAGUUCCUGAAAGCUUUGAGCUAGCAACAGAAAGAAGAGCAAAAGAACGGCAAGAAUUUGAAAAGCGAUUGGCAGACGCAGAAGCCUUAAGGGAGAGGCAUGAGGAGCAGAUCAGGCAGCAGCAAGAGGAGCGUGAAAAGGAAGAAGUUGCUAAGCUAAGACAAGAAAUGGUUCACAAGGCAAACCCAAUACGCAAAUACCGCAGCCUAGAAGUGAAGCCCAGUCAUCAACCACUGACUAUGCCAAAGUCUCCCAACUUCUCAGACAGAUUCCGAUGCUGAUGAGCAUCCACAUGACAGCUGGUGGGAGAUCCCAUCCCUCUCCCUUGGUAGGAGAGAGGGAGCAACUUUUUUCCAUGACUGCUCAGUCUGAACUCCUGUGCUUGGUUUUGCUGUUAUACCGAGUAGUUAAACUUCACCUGAGCCCAUGGCAUUUCAGCAGUGCCUCCUGGCCUUGCUGUGUAUCCAGACCCCAUCUUCUCUAGAGACUAAACCAACAUAUUUUGUACCUAACUAAAUAAAAAUUCCUAAUCUGUU